UCGCUCGCUGAUUGGCUGGCAGGUGCGCGGUCUGGCGAGAACACAGCUGCUACCUGUCAAGACUGUGAUGGACACGCCGGGUGAUUGACUGCGUGGAUGAUCGUCCGUCAUGGAGCUGUUGAGCCGAUAUCUUGACCGGAGCAACUCAGUCAGCUCCACCACGACGCUUGACUUAAUCAAGGAGGAGAAGCUGCGGGAUGACCUGAAGUACUACUUCAUGAGCCCGUGUGAGAAGUACCGGGCCCGAAGACACAUCCCCUGGAAGCUGGCGGUGCAGAUCCUCAAGAUAGUCAUGAUCACCACCCAACUGGUCCUCUUCGGCCUCAACAACCAGCUGGUGGUGUCCUACAAGGAGGAGAACGCCAUGGCCCUGAAAAACCUGUUCCUCAAGGACUACGGCGGCACGGACGAGGACGACUACUGCGUCGCCGUGUACACGCAGCAAGACGUGUACGACAGCCUCUUCCACGUGCUGGACCAGUACGGUCAGCUGGGUCGGCUCGCCGUGGGGCCCAUCGCUUACGCCGAGGACGAAGACGGCGGCCUGCAGGCUCUGGUCGUCUGUAAAAACCUCUACAGGAAAGGCAGCCUCCAGCCUUCGGACGAGGCCUACGACAUCGAUGCCCAGCUGGAGACCGUUUGCUUGUCGCUCCAUCCAAAGACGGCGCGUCAUUGGAGGACCCACAACGCGUCCUUCUUUGACCUUGACUUUUACAGGUUGGUGGACGUGAAAGUCACCUUCAAGCUGAAAGGGAUCAACCUGCAGACCGUCCGCUCACGAGAGCUACCGGACUGUUACUCUUUCUCCGUUACGAUAACCUUUGACAACCAGUGUCACAGCGGCAAGGUCAAACUCUUUCUGGACAUCGACGCACAGAGCAGCGCCUGCCGAGACUGGAAGAUAUCUGGAACAGCUGAGAAAAACACGCACUAUCUCCUGGUGUUCGACGGCUUUGUCAUCCUGGUCUGCCUCACCUCCGCCAUCUUGUGCACGCGCUCCAUCGUGCUCGCCGUCAGGCUGCUGCAGAGGUUUUCCAGGUUUCUCCAUGAAAACCACAACAGAAACGUGUGUGAGGACGACCAGGGGGAGUUCCUCAACGGCUGGUACGUGCUGGUCAUCGUCAGCGACCUCCUGACCAUAAUUGGAUCCAUACUGAAGAUGGAGAUACAGGCAAAGAGUCUGACCAGCUACGACGUGUGCAGCAUAUUUCUGGGAACGUCGACACUGUUAGUGUGGGUGGGUGUGAUCAGGUACCUGGGCUACUUCCAGAAAUAUAAUGUCCUGAUUCUGACCAUGAAGGCGGCCUUUCCUAAGGUGCUGCGUUUCUGCUGCUGUGCUGGCAUGAUCUACCUGGGCUACACCUUCUGUGGGUGGAUCGUGCUGGGGCCGUACCAUGAGAAGUUUGAGGGCCUGAGCCUGGUGGCGGAGUGUCUCUUCUCCUUGUUGAACGGCGACGACAUGUUCACCACCUUCGCCCAGCUGAAGGACAAGAACACGUUGGUUUGGCUCUUCAGUCGGGCCUACCUCUACUCCUUCAUCUCGCUCUUCAUCUACAUGGUGCUGUCACUCUUCAUCGCCCUCAUCACCGACGCCUACGAGACCAUCAAGAAUUACCAGAGGGACGGCUUCCCGCUGACAGACCUGCACAAGUUCCUCCGCGAGCAGAAAGAUACGCUAGCUCCAGAGGAGAGCAGACAAACGGACGUCCACAUCCGAUACCCCGUCUUCUGCUGCUGUGAAAGAGCCCAUGAAAACGAUGAAGUCACCCUCAUCAGCUGACAAAUGUGGCACAUCCCGAUCAAGGGUGUCGGGAAGAAGGACGAUGGGAACAGGACUACACGCGUGUGACAGCUCGCUCAUUCCCGCAGGAACAAAGUUGUUAGUCGCAAAGGAACACGAGGCGGGGCUUGUACGUCUUCAAGCCAAGAUGGAAAGGUUUUACAGCGUAUCACGGCGUGGGGACGUGGUGGUGAAAGGGUUGCACGUUUGCAUAAAAUAAUAGUGUCAGCGUAUUGAAAUAAAAUUGUGCAUUUUUCAGCAAAAAGGGGAGAAUUUUUCAGCCAUUCCUUUCAUUCUUGAAGCGUUUUUCCAGACGCUUUUACCGGAAAUUCACAUUUACUUACCUUUUUUCCUUUUUUGGGGUUGCUAUUUUAGAGUUAGCAUUUCUGCAGCAUUUUUUUCUCCUUUUCUACGAGCCCAUCCUAUCAUCAGGGAGCAGCCUCUGAGGUUUGGCGUGGGCUCCUCUGCUCUGAGAGCACUGAAAGGAGUUUGUGGGAGAACAGCGGUCACACCCAGUGAUGACUGAUUAGAGGCUACAUGCCUCGUGCUGCAGCGGAUCAAUGUUCACAUGUGCUGUAUCCUCCAUUCAAAGCAAUGGCGUCUAGCAUCACUUCAGCAAGAAAACAAGCCUGUCGCAGUGACACAUCACAUGACCAUCCAAUAGAGAGGCUUUUUGUCGUUAGUGCGGUCAAGUUGCAUCAUCGGAAGUCACUGGCCGACCUUUGGCCUUCUGUCAAUUACAUUUUGAUGCAAAAAAGUGAAUUAGCGAGCUGGCUUUCUACCUUCAUUUCCUGCUAGCGCCAUGGCACGUUGCUGUGUGAUCAAAUACAGUCAAAAGUUACAGUUUUUCCUAUGAAUUUAUCCAAAAACCAAAGCAAUUUUUCCUAUGACAAAUAAUGGAAAUCCAAAUAAUCUGUUCUAGACACCUCAAAAUAUAUUUUUAGAGCAUUAUUAUUGUUUUACAUGCAGAAAACAAGGAACGAAUUAAAUCGAUGAUAAUUCAACAUGCGGAUAUCAUUCUUGUCAGAUGGCUACUCUGCUUUGCUUGAAUUCUCAACGUUUUUUAUCAAACCGCUAGCACUCACAACUUUGUCAGUUAAAGAAAUAACGCAUUACAUUGCAUGGGGGGCUCAGUUCCGUGAAAUGAUUCAAUGAUACAAAUAUCAUACAUACGUGCGUACCAAAACUGUGGUUGAGCUUUGUAGCAACAUCUUUCGUGAGAUUAGUGACUUGCAAUUCUCCACCGAAACUCUAGGGUGCAGUGUUUCACUGCAACCGAGGUUAUGAACGAUCCAAAAACUGUUUUAACAUAUUUUACAUGAUUAUAUGCUGAAAGUUUUAUUGAAUAACAAUUUGUAAGCAGCUGUUUUUUCAUGUAUAAGUUUAAAACCUUUUUAAACUUAAGAAUCAAUAAAAUCGGGGCA